GUCGAUUAUGUCUACUCUUCCGCGUGGGAAAAAAUUCAUUUAUCGAAGCGAUGAUUAUUAAAAAUUGAAAAAUUUCGUACGUUCUUUGAUCAAAUUAGGAAAAUAGGUAUAUUUGUUAAACUCGAUAAUUUGGAACAUGUCUGAAGAGAAUCGCAGCUAAUUAAAAUUAAGAAAAGUAUAUUUCUGAAAAUCAAAACGGGCAGAGAUAAUUUUUUAGAUUUCCUGGGACGCAAUUACGCGAUUUUGUGCAGGGUUUAAUUACAAGAUAAUUAAAGACGAGAAACGUUCCAAAACGAGCUUCCGUUCGUCUUGUUUACGGAACCGGAAGGCGUGAGCCACCAGCGGUACAAAGUAAACAAUUAUAACAAAUAGUAGAAUGAAUUUUGGCUUCGAUUAGAUAUUGUUAAUACCGCUGCAAUGUUUGACUCAAUUUUAAAUACAAAUCUUCCUUGCAAACACAAUUAAUAUUUAACGUUCACAAUUAAAAUUUAUCGCUUUAUACGAAAGCAAAUACGAUUUCGUGAAAAUUUUGCAUACUGUGUUUGUAAUCGCUUCGAAUUAAUUGAAAUACGUGAAAAUUAAAGCAGACAUUGAAUAAAAGCUAUUUUCGGCCGGGAAAAUUGGUAAGGUUAACGUCGUUAGGGUAGGUCGUUUCACGAACGCAAUUCAUAUCUCGUUGACACCUACGAUGGAAUGAAACGAGCUAGAAUUAGAUUUCGAAUAGAUUUCGAUAGCACAAAAGUUAAUUGAUAUCAACCGAUCGUGGCGAUACUUAAGGUGUUCCGACCCAUAUAUUGCAUUUACGGGAGAUAGACAACCGUGCAAUCAUCGUCGGGAUAAAAACGUUUAUCUUCUCUUCACCUCUCGAACGAGACAUUUCCACGGCAACACAUUUUUCUGUUUCCAUUGUUUUUAAAAUCAUUAUUUUCUCAUAUAAAGACGGCAUAUUGCUUUGUCAUUGCCUGCGAAUUCACUAGUCUUUUAAUAUUUCUCUUAAUUACUAUACUGCUAUACUUUUCAUAUUUUAUUUAAAUAACCGGGUUUAUAUAUUCAUUUCUCGAUCCAGAAUCGGAUGCAUAGGAAUGACCAAUUAUUUUGUCGUAUUCAUUUAUUGUCAGUACAUACAAAUCAUCUGCAAGUGAACAAAUAUUGUAUGUCACAAUAUUUCACGGUGCGAGAUUAACAAAACAGGAAAGUAAAAAAGGGAAAUAGUAGUAGAUAAAGCAGAUAGAGCGCAAUCAAGUUUUUUAUCAUUAUCUACGCAAAUUGCAUAAAAAAUCGCUCGAUGUAAACCACGUUUAGUUCGCGAAAAUCGUCGACAGGGGCCGAAGGGGACCGACGGGGACCGAAGGGUACCGAACUGACCCGAACCGUUUCAAUUUCAAAUCCCACGAAGUGCUUAGUUAAAAAACGAUUCGAUCGAUUGUCGCUUCGUGUACGUCUAACGGUGUUGAAAGUGUGACGGGAAGAAAACGAACCGAGUCACGAAGAAGCAGUUUAUAAUGUCACUUAAUACCGUCGCGUUAACGAAAGCCACGGUCGCCUGGAAGUUAAAGGAAACCGUUUCAUCCGACGCUCGUUCACCGGCGUUCUUCCUUCUACGAUCCCCCAUGGAUUUAGCUCGUUUAAUUUCGCGUGUCUGGCAGUUCCGUGCCGUUUGCGAAGCUUCGCCGCGAAUUCGUGUCGGUUCAAACGUCAAGCUGCCGACAUAAAGAGUUAUCGACUGGCGAUGACCGAUGACGCGUCAGUUGUAACCCGCUGAUCUGUAAAUAAUGUAACUUGCUUGCUUUUUUUACGCGUGUCACGUGGUGUGCGUGCGUGCGCGUGCGCGCGUGUGUACGUACGAGUCGACACACGCGAUACGCGAAGUGCGCGAGCGUUCUGUCGACGCGAGGGACAUUGAAAAGCGAAGCAAGGUGGAAUCGAGGCGAGAACGGACAUGAUGUACGAUUAAUGAUAGGGAAGUAUCGUGACACGAGCGACGAAAGGAUACAGAUUGAAACGUUCCUGACAACGAACCACACCGGCCGAAAAUGUUGUCUACGGUGUCCAGCGUGCCGCUCGAAUUGAAUUCUUCCUACUAUGCGACCGUGAGUGGAAACAACGGUCUCGACGGAUUAUCCGUAAUCGAGUCCGAAAACUCGACCGAAGGACUUUACAUGCUGCCCGCUUACAUUCGCACGACGUCCAUGGUAGUUUGCAUAAUAGUGAUGGUCUUGGGCAUAGUAGGGAAUCUCAUGGUGCCACUGGUAGUGUUCCGUGGUAAGGACAUGCGAAACAGCACGAACAUCUUCUUGGUGAACCUAAGCGUGGCUGACCUCUGCGUUCUACUGAUCUGCACACCCACCGUCCUCGUUGAGGUCAAUUCCGGACCGGAAGUGUGGCCGCUCGGUGAACACAUGUGUAAGGCAGUGCCGUUCGUCGAGUUGACCGUGGCCCAUGCAUCGGUUCUUACGAUCCUGGCGAUCAGUUUCGAGCGAUAUUACGCCAUUUGUGAACCUUUACGAGCAGGAUACGUGUGCACGAAGGCCAGAGCCACGUUCCUUUGCCUGUUGGCGUGGGUGGCAGCGGCACUUUGCACGAGUCCCAUAAUCUGGGUUUCACAGUACCAGGAGAUGCGCGUGAACGACCUGGACCAGAGAAACUUUGUUCCAGUAUGUCUGACCAGCGUGGACACCGUCGGCACCGCGGUCUUCUUUUUGUUUCUGGUGGUUUUCUUCUAUCUCGCGCCGCUGCUGAUCCUCCUGAUCCUCUACGCCUUCAUCAUAGGACAUCUGGUGCCAGACUCCAGCAACACCAGCGACACGUAUCACGCCAGGGCGAAGAGACACGUGAUCACCUUGCUCUUGUCUGUGGUGCUCUGCUUCUUCCUGUGUCUGACGCCUUACAGGGUCCUGAUUUUAUACAUCAUCGUAGCACCCGCUGAACAGAUCGCCGCCAUCGAUCGCGACACCUUCUUCGCGGUACUGAAUUUCAGCAGGAUUAUGUUCUACCUUCACAGCGCAGUGGAUCCUAUUCUUUACAACCUGAUGAGCAGCAAGUUCAGAAGAGGGUUCCUGCAGCUGUGCAGACUGACUGCUUGUGAAAGAAGUAACAGGAGCAUUGGGACCAGAAAAACUGACUCCACGGAACAGGAGAAUUUUGUGUGACUACGACGUGAUAAAUGAUAUCAUUGCUAAAUAUGGCUGAAUGUUCUUCCAGUGGGUCCAAGUGACUUCUAAAGAAUUUAUAAUUGUAUUUGAUCUCGUUGAUAUUGUAGACUUUGCAAUAAAUUAAAACACAAAUAAUUUGUCAUGAUUAUCUCAAUCUUCCAAAUCCCCUACUGUUCAAUCUUCCCAAAAAAUCUUGAUCCAAAAAUCCCUUCCAUCAUGUACACCAAAGCAGAAAUGAACGUAAACCA